UCUGUUUGACAUAGAUUGUUUACAUCGCAUACCAUAGAAAUCACAGAAAAAUAGAAAAAAAUGAACAAAAAAUAGCAUAUUCUCAUAAUAAUUCCAAGAUUGUUUACAUCGCAUACCAUAAAAAUCAAAGAAAAAUAGAAAAAAAUGAACAAAAAAUAGCAUAUUCUCAUAAUAAUUCCAAGAACUAUAGAAGUAAAUGGACUAAAAGAGAAAUAAACUACAUAAUCCAGGUAGAAACAAGAUAUGUCUGGAUCUCUGUCUGUUGUGUCAUUUGAGGGAGAACUCAAUGCCAUUGUACAAGAGUACCUGGAGUUUGUGACAUUUGACAAGACGUUGGUAUCUUUCCAGAAAGAAUGCGAAACAAAGCAGAAACCUAUCACUACACAGAGUAUAAAAUCUAAAUCAAACCAGAAAUUACUGGCUAUACAGAAUGAAUUGAUGCAAAAUUUCCAUAAAGGAAAGAGAGACAGAUUUCUGAAGUUAUGGAGUGAAAAUUUGGCAGCCUCUGUCAAAGACCAGGACCCAGUGGCAAAGAAACUAGAAUUUUAUGUCAAUAUAUAUUUUGCUGUGUAUCCAAUAAAGUUUGCAAGAGGUCAGAGAGAUGCUGACAGAGCUAUGGGAGAUUUUAAGAAGUACUUAGAAACCCGAGGUGCUACACUGAGUCAGACAACAGAGUUUUUACCAUACUAUGCUUUACCAUUUGUACCCAAUGCCAAGGGACAUCCAUCUUAUAAAGAAUUGUUCACAGACACAUGGGUAAAGGAUUUAGAGUUAAGACUGGAAAAGUUCCUGACAUUAACUCUGAAGUCAACACCACAACCAAAACUGUUCGAUCUUUAUAGAGGAAAUAAAGUUGGCGAUGAAAAUGAGCAAUUUCAACAGAUAUCCCGAUUACAGCAGCAGUUAGUCGACUCUGAAAGAAAGACCAUGUCAUACAUAAAACGACACAACCGUGUACAGGCUGACUACCACAAUUUAAUAGGAAUAACAGCAGAUUUGGUUGAAGCUCUGGAAUCAACAGUCCAAGGAAAACCAAUUUCUCCUGAUUAUCUCCAAGAGAUUUGCUCUAGACUAUUUAGUGGACAUAUGCAGAAUUCAGUUGAUUUCACACGACCUGGUACAGCUAGUCAAAUGCUUCGUCAGUCAAUGGCUCCAACGAGUAAUCUGCAAGAGCCUGAGACAUAUACUGCCUUAGAUUAUGAAAAAAUCAAAUAUGAAAUGGCCAAUGCUGAAGUGAGAAGGAAGGUUUUACUUCUACAGGCUAUAAGAUGGAGGUUAACACAGUCAAAUCCACAACAGAGAGACUCUUCUAUGACUACUUACAGAGAUAAUGAUUUGUUAGGCUGUUCUGUGGCUGGGACACACAGGGAUGCAGUGCUUGCCUUAUUGACAUCUAGUGAUGAACUUGUAAAAGAAGGAGCUGCCAGAUUAUUUAAUGCUUUUGCUUCUCUUUGUGCAGGUAGAACCUAUCUUGCCCAGAACCAAGAUUUAUUCAAAACUUUGUUAGAUAAUUUACGAGGUGAAGAAAAAGAAUCAGUCACAAGAGAAAUGGUACUUGGAGCUUUACAGAAACUCUCUUUAAGGAGAAACUUACAGACAGCCAUGAUAGAAGCAGGUUUAAUAGAAUGGCUGGUAAAGGUUCUUGAAGACAACGAUUCUUUAUCUGAUUACACGCUGGAGUACUCUGUUGCUUUGUUAAUGAAUCUCUGUCUCAGGACCUCUGGGAAAAAACGCUGCGUCCAAAAUGCUGACCAGACUUUAAAAGUCCUUAGUGAUUUACUAGGGCAUGAAAAUCAAGAAAUCCGUCCCUAUGUCAAUGGUGCCUUAUACAGCAUUUUAGCUGUUCCGUCCAUCAGAGAUGAAGCUAAGGCAAUGGGAAUGGAAGAAAUUCUCCGUUGUUUUAUUAAAGAGGACCAGCCUGAUAUGAAUAGACAGAUAGAAUUUAUAAUCAAGCAGCUGAAUUCAAUAGAGACCGUGGAUGAAUAUGAUUCUGAUGAUGAGGAAGAGGAGGAAGAAGAGGAAGAUCAAGAUGCCAUGGAACUGGACAUAGACAAAGAUGAAUCAUUUAAACCAGAAGAUAACGAAAUGUCUGGAGAAAAACUACUGACCACAGAAUAUCUAGCAGCAAAAACUGGACCAAUCAGACACAAGAAAAAGCAUACAGAUUUAGUAAUGGCCAAUGAGUUAUUACAAAGACCUGUUACACCUAGUCAAAGAAGAGCUGAAAAUCAACCAUCAGGAACACAGCCAAUGACACCUGUGGUGACCAGCCGACCUCCAUCCCAGAGUAGUGUAAUGAGACCACCAACAAGAAGUGGGAGUCGACCCAAUACACAAGAUAGUCAGAGAGACACAGCUAGAACAGAAGAUGGCAGGCCAACUAGUAAGAGCAGCCAAAGGUCAACAGGAAGUAAAAGUUCUUUGAAAGCACCAAGUAUUGCUGAACACCCAGAAUACAAACAAGCCUUUGGAUCUAAGCCAAGGAUUCUUAGAACUCCACAUGGAAGGGAAGGCACACCAUCUAAUCCAGGAACACCACAUCUCAGGACCCCAGAUAGUUCAAGGAGGCCCACCAGCAGAGGAUCAGUUGGUAGUCUACCUCCACAGCCACAGUACUCUGAGUCAGGACCAAGACCAAGUUCUGCUGGAAAGUCUGGACCGUAAUGUUGGUGGAUCUAUUUCUGGUGGAUCAAGGAAGCUCUCUACAGGAAGUGCACACAACCAGGAUGCAUAGACAAGGGAGAUUACUCAUUUUAAUGACUUGUGAUAGUUCAUAGAACAUUCCAUUUUUAUAUGACUUAGUUAUAUUUUAGUGCUAUUUAUUAAUGUCUUUUAUGAAUGUUAAAUGCAGUGACUUUGAAAAAUGUGCAUUUACUCUUCUCUAAAUAUGUUUCAUCUGUUUAAUUUUGUUCGUAGUUAUAAAAGUCAGGUUGUACUGUACUUAUAUUUGUUAAAAGUCAGGUUGUACUGUACUUACAUUUGUUAAAAUCAAAGCAUUUCAUAUUGGUACUUCUUGUACUCCCAAUAUUGUUAAGUUUAUCUUGUUUUGAAAUUGUAUUUUUGAGCUCUUUGUAAUGAUAAAAUUGGAAUUUCAGCUAUUCAGUAAAUUUUACAUUUGUAUUUAUUAUAUUUUGUGCUUUGAAUGUCAGAUUAAUAUAAAUUGGUUUGCAAUAACUGGAAUUUGAUCUUUGAAAUUUUGAUAACCUUGUUUAUUUAAAAAAACAAAUUUUAAUUCUGUAAAUUUGGAAUAAAAUAGUGUAAAUUU